CAGCUUCCCACUGGUUUCCCUUCUAUAGAUAUGGGCCCUCAGCUGAAGGUUGUGGAGCGUUCUCGCACCGCUACCAUGCUGUGUGCAGCCAGCGGAACACCUGACCCUGAGAUCACCUGGUUUAAAGAUUUCCUCCCCAUAGAUACACACACUCAUGGGCGGAUCAAACAGCUACGCUCAGGGGGUACACCUAUCCGAGGUGCACUUCAGAUUGAUCAGAGUGAAGAAACCGAUCAGGGUAAAUACGAGUGUGUCGCGACCAACAGCGAAGGAACGCGCUACUCAACACCAGCUAACCUUUAUGUCAGAGAGUUAAGAGAUGUGCGUCGCAUCCCUCCUCGCUUCUCAGUACCACCGAUGGAUUAUGAGAUCAUGCCGGGAGGAAGUGUGAAUAUCUCCUGUCAGGCAGUGGGCGUUCCCAUGCCAUAUGUCAAAUGGAUGCUGGGAGCAGAGGAUUUGACUCCAGAAGAUGACAUGCCUAUUGGGCGGAAUGUUUUAGAGCUCACAGAUGUACGCCAGUCUGUCAACUACACGUGUGUGGCCAUGUCGACUCUCGGAGUUAUUGAAACUGUUGCCCAGAUCACAGUUAAAGCCCUUCCCAAUCCUUCAGGAGCUCCGGUUGUCAUGGAGCGAUCUGCCACCAGCAUUACUCUAAUGUGGGACAGUGGAAAUCCACUUCCUGUAUCUUACUACAUCAUUCAGUAUCGUCCCGCCUCCUCCACCGACCCCUUUAAAGAAAUUGAUGCCAUAGCAACAACUCGUUACAGCGUGGGUGGACUCAGCCCCUACUCGCACUACCAUUUCCGGGUUAUGGCGGUGAAUUCGAUUGGCCGCGGCCCACCGAGUCAAACCGUGGAAGCUCGCACGGCCGAACAGGCGCCUAGUUCCCCUCCUCGUCGUGUCAGAGGUCGUAUGCUGAGUGGUUCCACAGCAAUGGUGCAGUGGGAGGAGCCAGAGGAAGCCAACGGUCAGGUGGUUGGUUACAGGGUGUAUUACACCUCGGAUUCGUCACUAUCUGUGAGCCAAUGGGAGAAGGAAAUGGUUCGAGGGGCGAAUUUUUUGAACAUACGAGACCUGACACCGAACAAAACCUAUUAUAUUAGAGUUCUCGCUUUCACUGCAGUGGGAGAUGGACCUCUUUCCAGCGAUCUGCACAUCAUUGCCAAGACAGGAGUCCCAUCCCAGCCCACAGAACUGAAGGCAGAGGUGAAAUCAGAGACCAGCAUUCUUCUGUCGUGGAUCCCUCCUGCUCACAGUGGUACAGAUGCCAUCACUGGUUAUGAGCUCAUUUACAGGCUUGGAGACCAGCCAGAGCAGAAAAUAUCAUUUGAUCCAAGCUCCAGUUAUCUGCUGAAGAAUCUGAAGCCAUUUUCCACCUACAUAUUUCAACUAGCAGCGCGCAGCAAACACGGCCUGGGGGCAUUCACCAGUGAAAUCACUGUUCAGACUCCACAAACACAGACCAUACCCCCUCCCCAGGCAGUCACAUGCAUAAGCCCCUCCUCCACAAGUCUAUUGCUCAGCUGGGCUCCACCCCUGACAGAUGAAAAUGCAGGCAUAACAGGAUACUCCAUCAGAUAUGUGGCAGUGGAACGGGAGAAAGACCCCGUACAGAGGAUCUCGGACAUCCCAUCUAACUGUUUCCGAUAUCGGAUUGAGGGGCUGAAGAAAGGGACCCUGUACUCUGUGACAGUUGCUGCCCACACUGACACAGGUCAAGGGCCUGAGAGCCUACCGAUAUUGAUCCGCACAGAAGAAGACGUGCCCAGCGCACCGCCGCGGAGUGUGGAUGUGGUGGUCUUAAACACCACCUCUGCCAGAGUGUCAUGGAAACCUCCAGUUGCUGAGCGACAGCAUGGAAAGAUUUGUGGUUACCAGGUGACAUACGCCAGACGAACAACAGGGGAGAGAACAGUCUCUCCCAAAAUUAGGGAACUCCUACUGAGAGACCCGCAGCCACAGAACGACUCGAAACAAUAUGACCUAAUUUUGACUGAUUUAUGGCCGAACACUGAAUACUCUGUGACUGUGGCUGCAUUCAACUCAAAAGGCGAUGGAGCACGUAGCAAACCUACAGUCAUCAGAACUAAACCAUCAUUGCCAGGUAUGCCCCUGCUUACAGUUGCGCCAUCUGAAGAUGGCACUGCCCUGCUGAAAUGGCAGCCUCCUCCUGCUGGUCUGUCCCCUGUGCUGGGCUACAGGCUCUCAUAUGGCCAGGCUGACCUGACCUCAGACUCCUUCAUGGUGCAAGAGCUAAACGCCGAGGAGCGCACCUACACCGUCCCAUCUUUGAGCGCAGGGGUGCUGUACAUGUUCCGUCUGGCCGUCCGUACCAUCUGGGGUUACGGUUCAAGCGCUCAGGUCACACUUUUAACACCAUACAUGGUGCAGACAACCACAGACGACAUGGUAACAGCCCCAGGGACAACAGAUGCUUUAAAUGUGAGCGUACAGGAAAAGGUUCCGCUUUUGGCUAACUUAACUGCCGAAGACAUCAACUCCUCUUCUGUGAUCCUGAGAUGGGAGCGACCAAAAAACUAUGACCGGAUCCAAGGUUACCGUGUGUGGUUCGCUGUCACCUAUAGUAAUGGCACAGACAUUGCCAUGGAAUCAGACGUUUCGGAGGCCACAGUGGUUCUUAAUGGCCUACGGCCAAAUACUGAGUAUGUGGCGAGAGUGUGCAUGCUUAGCAAACACGGCCCUGGGCCCUAUAGUCUCCCUAUAUCCAUCAAAACACUACCAGCACAGGAAGUGUUUGCUGUGAACUUCAGAGUGAAAGCUGCUAUGAAGAGUUCAGUGCUGCUGACCUGGGAGUCACGGACCACCAGUAAUAAAGCACAUUCUCUUAUUAUCUCAUAUGGUGAUGGUGAGAGUGUGGAGGUGGAUGGGCGGCUCGGGCAGAAGUUGGUGACUAAGCUGAAGCCCCAGUCUCUCUACACCUUCAUGUUAACUAGUAAAGCUGAUGGCACUGGGGGCCUGCAGCACCGUGCAGAUGCCAUGACGGCUCCAAACCUGCUGACUAGGAAACCCCAGGUGCUGGACAAGACCAGCUCUCAGAGCAUCGCUACCAUGCAGCUGCCCACUGUCCAGGGACAGGCUAAUGUCAGGGGUUUCUACAUUGUGGUUGUCCCCCUGAAGAGGCAGAGAGGAGGAAACUUCCAGAAUUUAUGGAGUGAUCCAGAUGAGAUAAACAUUGAUGAGCUGCUGAGGGAGAUUAAUGGCACCGGUCGCUCUGUGCGUCUACGGAGGCAGGCGGAGGCAAAAUCAUACAUCAGCGCUCAUUUCCAGAAUCUUCCAGCUGAAUUCAAACUAGGAGACGGACGUGUGUAUGGAGCAUUCCUAAACCGGCUGCUUGUAAACGGACAGGAGUAUGUGUGCUUCGUGCUGGCUAUUCUUGAACUGGGCCAGAAUACCGUGUACUCCACGAGUCCAUUCUCUGAUGCCGUGCUGUUCUCCGAUGUUGAGCCACAGCCAAUCGUUGACGAGGAGGAGGGGCUUCUAUGGGUGGUGGGGCCAGUGCUGGCGGUCAUUUUCAUUAUCAGCAUUGUCAUCCUCAUCCUCCUCUUUAAAAGCAAACCAGACAGGAAGCGGGCAGAGCUGGAGGGCAGGAAGUGCAGCUUUCCCAGCAGCAGUAAAGCCAUGAGUUCCCAGCAUCCAUCUGACCCAGUGGAACUGCGUAGAAUCAACUUCCCAACGGCUGGCAUGACCAGCCACCCUCCAGUGUCCAUCUCAGAACUGCCAGCUCACAUAGAGAGGAUGAAAGCCAAUGACAACCUGAGGUUCUCUCAAGAGUAUGAGUCUAUUGAUCCAGGGCAGCAGUUCUCAUGGGAACAUUCUAACCUUGAGAUUAACAAGCCAAAAAACAGAUAUGCCAACGUCAUCGCCUACGACCAUACCAGAGUAGCACUUUCCAACAAUGAUGGUGUUCCUGGUGGUGACUACAUCAAUGCCAACUUCAUAGACGGGUACCGCCGACAGGGCGCAUACGUCGCCACCCAGGGCCCCAUGCCAGACACGUUUAGUGACUUCUGGAGAAUGGUGUGGGAACAACACACAGCAAAUAUCAUCAUGAUCACCAAACUUGAGGAGAAAUCCAGGAUGCCUUCGUAUUUCUUCUCAAAGAAUAAAUGCGAUCAGUACUGGCCCAGCAGAGGCACAGAGACGUACGGAUUGAUGCAAGUCAAUUUACUGGACACGGUGGAGCUUGCGACAUACUGCGUCAGGACUUUUGCUCUUUUUAAGAGUGGGAGUGGCGAGAAAAGGGAGGUGCGUCAGUUCCAGUUUACAGCAUGGCCAGAUCAGGGGGUACCUGAACAACCCACUCCCUUCCUGGCCUUCCUCAGACGGGUCAAAGCCUGCAAUCCCCCAGACGCUGGACCUAUUGUGGUCCACUGCAGUGCUGGUGUGGGCCGAACGGGCUGCUUCAUUGUGAUUGAUGCCAUGUUGGAGCGUGUGAAGCAGGAGAAGACGAUAGAUAUUUAUGGUCACGUGACUCUGAUGCGAUCUCAGCGAAACUACAUGGUGCAGACAGAGGAGCAGUACGUCUUUAUUUAUGAUGCACUGCUGGAGGCUGUUUCCUGCGGCAACACAGAGGUUCCGGCACGGAAUCUUUAUUCCUACAUCCAGACACUGUCACAGACAGAACCGCCGGAGCACAUCAGCGGAAUGGAGCAGGAAUUUAAACGCUUAGCUAAUGCCAAAGCACAUAACUCCCGAUUCGUCAGUGCCAGCCUUCCAUGCAAUAAGUUCAAAAACCGAUUGGUAAAUAUCAUGCCAUAUGAGACCACACGUGUGUGUCUGCAGCCAAUCAGAGGAGUGGAGGGCUCAGACUAUGUCAAUGGCAGUUUUAUAGAUGGCUACAGGCAACAGAGGGCGUAUAUUGCGACUCAGGGGCCGCUGGCGGAGACAGUUGAAGAUUACUGGCGAAUGCUUUGGGAACAUAAUUCUACUAUAGUAGUUAUGCUUACUAAACUCAGAGAAAUGGGAAGGGAGAAAUGUCAUCAGUACUGGCCAUCUGACAGGUCAGCACGCUAUCAGUACUUUGUGGUGGAUCCCAUGGCGGAGUACAACAUGCCUCAGUAUAUACUCCGAGAGUUUAAGGUCACAGAUGCAAGGGACGGCCAAUCCAGAACAGUCCGGCAGUUUCAGUUCACAGACUGGCCAGAGCAGGGCGUGCCAAAAUCUGGUGAAGGCUUCAUUGAUUUUAUCGGUCAAGUGCACAAAACAAAAGAGCAGUUUGGUCAGGAUGGACCGAUCACAGUACAUUGCAGUGCUGGUGUUGGGAGGACAGGUGUAUUUAUCACUCUGAGUAUAGUAUUGGAGAGGAUGCGUUAUGAAGGAGUGGUUGACAUCUUCCAGACUGUCAAAAUGUUGCGCACUCAAAGACCAGCAAUGGUGCAGACAGAGGAGCAGUACCAGUUCUGCUAUCGAGCAGCGCUGGAAUACCUGGGCAGUUUUGAUCACUAUGCAACAUAAAACCUUCCCCUGGACCUAGGGCCACAUCAUUACACACCGAGACCUGCGUCUGAUCAACCUGACAGCCUCUUUCUGUUGCCCACAGCUCAAGAGUCUGUUUGAUUUCUCCCGACAGCACACAAUUUAAUAGCCAGACAGGGAGGGCAUCUGGGAUACAGAAUUGUCACAACAAAUUGUAGCUCCAAUCAUAUAGCUGAAAGUAGUCAAGUCAUAUUUGAGGUGGAGUAAAACUCUGGCAACCGGCCAGCAGAUCCAAUGAAAUCGCAGGAAUCCAACAAUGUGCUGUCUGGACCAAUUCAACAGACCAAAAACGAGGGAGGAAACAACAAUCAAGCAGUUUGAUGGUAUUUUUUUACUUAUCAUAAUUGAUUCAACACCAGAACACCCCCCCC